AUGGCCAAGUCCAAGCUUCCAUCUCUUCAAUGCCACUACACAAUCCCAAAAUUAGAACUUAAUGGACUAACAUUGGCAAUAAGGCUCACUAACUCAGUAUUUUCUCAACUAAAGUCAGUUCUCAACAUAAAAAGAGUCUAUGUCUUUUCUGACUCGGAGAUCGUACUGAGUUGGUUGAAAAUUAAAUCUGAAAAAGAGGUUGGACAGUUUGUUUCCAAUAGACUAAUUGAAAUACGGAACAUCACCAAUCACAUGACUGAGCAGGGAUGCUUUGUCAGGUUCGGUUAUGUUUCGCCUCAAGAUAACUCGGCUGACUGCGCAACAAGGGGAUUGAAUAAAGAUGAGCUAGUGUUACACUUUUGGUGGACAGGCCCCAACUUUAUUCACUUCCCGUCACGAAAGUGGUUAAAUCAGAGAAAGAUUUUUGAGAUUCAUGAAGACGAUAAAACUAGUUGGAAUGAGAAUGAAGACCCAAUGAAAGUCUUCAUUGUCGGUGAUGCAGGGAGAGAAAAAGAAAAAGAAGAAUUCGAACUACUCAAGCCUGCUCAAAUUCGGACCUUUGGAAAGGCGAGAAGGAUCAUGGCAUACGUUGUUCGAAUCGUGGUCACAAUUGUCGCUAAACUCAAUACAAAACGCGAUCGUUCAUUGACCCUGUCAUUAAUGAUAAAAUGCGAUCAGCCAUUAGCUUCGGAGCCAUUAAGUGGAAAGGAAAUUCAAAGGGCUGAGACAUUGCUAAUCAAGCAUCACCAAGAAACAAAAAUCACUCCCGAAAUUAUUAAAGCACUGCAACAUCUCAAUAUCCUCAAAGAUGAUGAAGGGAUUCUCCGUUGUUACUUACGUCUUGGACGUGCUCAAAUGAACGACAUGACGAAAUAUCCCAUCCUCAUCUUCCAAAAAACUGAUCUUGCAAAAAUGAUUAUCUGUGAUUACCAUCGAAAAGGUCAUCCAGGAAUAAAUCAUACAAUAGCGCUUGUUAGGCAAAAGUUUUGGAUACCACAAUUGCGCUCACAAGUCAUCACUUUGAUUCGUAAAUGCCUGCAAUGUCAAAAGUUCAAUAAUCUGCCAUAUAAGUACCCACAACAAGAAGACUUGCCAAAAGAGAGGGUCAUACGAUCCUACCCAAUUCAGCACUUUGGAGUGGAUUAUUUCGGGCCACUACCGAUCAUAAGUCCCGUAGGUCAAGGGAAAUGCUAUGGAUCCAUCAUUACGUGCAUGACAACAAGACUCAUUCAUUUGGAUGUAGUCUCCGACCUCACCACUGUAGCAUUUCUACAUAUGCUUCGACGUUUUUUUGCAAGAAGAGGCAUUCCUCAGUCAAUAACGAUAACGCACCUACCUUCGAAUUGGGGGAAACAAUACUGA